GCGCAUGCGUUGAGAUGCUUCAAAUGCGAAUUUUCCUCCAGCUCAGUUGCUGCGGUACUGUAGCCGUGUGGAGAGGGUAACUUGAAGAGACUAGGUUGUAUUGGCUCGGAAAUAACUCUUAAUUUUUUUAUUUUAUAAAACAGGCAAUCCAUCGUUUAUAGACCUUUUGGGCAUUAUAACAUUCUUACCAUCUACGGUCAUCAUUUUGAACAACCCAAAGCCAACCAUGUCGACCAAGGAGGAGACACCCGCCGACGGAGACAAACCGCAGACGUCCUCCUGGAAAGAUUCUAUCUACAACCCACGAACAGGAGAGUUUAUUGGCCGAACCGCUAAAAGCUGGGCCCUGAUAUUUCUUUUCUACCUGGUCUUCUAUGGGUUCCUGGCAGGGAUGUUCACGCUCACCAUGUGGGUCAUGCUACAGACACUGGACGACAACAUUCCUACGUACCGCGACCGAGUGGCCAGUCCAGGUUUGGUGAUCAGGCCCCGGUCCUUGGACAUCGUCUUCAACCGCACCGAGACUAAGCAGUACAGCCAGUAUGUCCAGCAUCUGGAGAACUUCCUUCAGCAAUACAACGACACUGUGCAGGAGAAGAACGAGCUGUGUAUGGUGGGAGAGUACUAUGAGCAGGAUGAUCAGGAGGAGAAGAAGGUGUGUCAGUUCAAGCGCAGUCUGCUCCGGCAGUGCUCCGGCCUGUCUGACACCACAUUUGGCUACACCGAGGGGAAACCCUGCGUCCUUGUCAAGAUGAACAGGAUCAUUGGACUGAAACCGCGCGGGGACCCCUACAUUAACUGCACAGCUAAGAGAGAAAGCCCCCUGCAGAUGCAGUACUUCCCAUCCGAGGGGAGGUUCGAUAAGAUGUACUUCCCUUAUUACGGGAAAAAUCUACAUUCAACCUACGUUCAGCCCCUGGUCGCGGUCAAGCUUCUGCUGACCAAGGAGGACUACAACAAUGAGCUGACCGUGGAGUGUAAGAUCGAGGGCUCCGACCUGCGGAACAGUGACGACCGUGACAAGUUCCUUGGGCGCGUCACGUUCAGGGUCAAAGUGGUCGAGUAGUGGUUCAGGAAAACCACCAGCGUUGCACAAUGCCGUCUUUGAGUAUAAUCAAUGCCCUCACCCACCUCCACCUCUUCCUCCAUCCACUUCCCUCCCUCCAUCCGGUGGAUCAGGGGAAGCUACGGUAGCAGGGUUGUGUGCUCCUUAUAAACUAACAACAUGAACCCCCCCUGAAACACACACAAAUACACACACACCUCUCACCCCCACCUCCACUAAAGUUAGUGGUAAUGUAGCGACAUCGUGCCAUAGUAGGGACCUGUAUAUAGCUGUAUUUGGAGCAUUGAGUUGAUGUGGUAUCCCGUAGUGCUGUGCAGUCUGCUGUGUGUGAUGUGUUGUUUCUGUAUGUACAUACUUGAUGGCUAUAAACACUGUUUGUCUUUAGUUCACUAUGUCUGAACGCUGUAAGAAAUCAAACUAAGAAAUAGAUGAAUAGCUGUAAUUUAAGAUUAUUGAUUAAGAGAAAACAUGAAGGAUGAAAAAUGCCCCAAAAUAUAUCUGCUUAUAAUUCAACCUACCUGUCCAACAUCUAAGGGAAGAGGUUUUUACUCCCCUAUGGGAACUGUGCUUUGUACAGAUGCCUUAUGGUCGGUAUGAGAACACAUUUUAAAUAAAGAUGAUUUUAAAGAUA